UGACAAUUUAUUAAAAGAAAGCAGAGGCGCAUCGACAGGAACCUCAAACUCUGCCCAGAACGACCAAAGCUACUAGUACAUAUACAUGUAAAGCCUUACAUAGAUGAGACGAAGCAGCACCACCAUAGCUCUAUGCAAUGAAAUGCUUCAAGUUUUGUGUACCUGUUCACCCCACAAGCCUCACAUCAAACAGGUUGGUUCUCUUUACUCUCUGUUCUCACUCUUCACCACUAACCACCACUUCUCAACUACAACUUCUUCAUCCCCAUCAUCUUCAACUACACAAAAUACCAACACCCAAAUAGAUUCAUCUCCCAAUUGUUUCAAUGGUAUAGCCCAAUCUGUCAUUUUGAGGUGUUCCCAGUAUUUUGACAAGAGUAAAGGCAAAGACUUUGCCAAUGCUUCUCUAAAAGACCUUCUUUUGGAGAUUUCUGAUUUAGUGCCUGAACAAACUCGUAGGCUUAGGCGGGUUUUGGAGCCGAAACCCGAAGAUGUGCUUGAAUUAUUACUGGGUUUUGAAUUGCAGUGUGGGCAAGUUGGAUUUGAAGCUAGAAAGGUUGAGUCUUUGUGGGGAAUUUUCAAGUGGGUUAGUGAAAACAUUAAGGGUUUUAAGCAUAAACCUCAGUCAUGUGAGGUCAUGGCCUCAAUGCUUGUCAGAGUGGGAUUGCUUAGAAAAGUUGAGUUCUUGCUUUCCACAAUGGAAAGUAAAGGAGUUUCGUUGGAUAGUCAAGAAAUUUACAGUGAUUUGAUUGAAGGGUAUGUUGGUAUUGGUGAGUUAGAUAGGGCCAUUUCGGUAUAUGAUCGAAUUAGGGGGCGUGUAGUGCCAUCAUUGCAGUGUUGUUGUGUUCUACUUGAUCAAUUGGUGGGAAUGAGGAAGACCCAAUUGGCGUUUCAAGUUUGUAGUGAUAUGGCACAAAUGGGUUUUGAUUUGAGAGAUGUGAAGAAGGCCACAUUUGAGGGUGUCAUUAGACUGCUUUGCAGGGAUGGAAAGAUUCAGGAGGCAAGAAAUUUUGUCAAGAAGGCUAUGGCUUUCGAACUCAUGCCUAGCAACUUAGUUUUAAAUGAAGUUGCUUAUGGAUAUUGUGAGAAGAAGGACUUUGAUGAUUUGAUGAGCUUCUAUGCUGAGAUUAAGUGUGCCCCAGAAGUUUUGGCUGGGAAUAGGAUUGUGCAUUCUCUUUGUAGCAAUUUUGGGACAAGAAGGGCAGAACCAUAUUUGCAAGAAUUAGAAAUUUUAGGCUUCAAUCCUGAUGAGGUAACCUUUGGAAUCAUGAUUGGCUGGAGCUGUCGUGAACGAAAACUUAAAAGUGCCUUUGUUUACCUAUCAGAGAUGUUGGGAAGACACCUAAACCCCCAUAUAUGUACCUAUAAUGCUCUUAUCAGCGGGGUAUUUAUGGAGGGUAUGUGGAAGCAUGCUGGGAAGGUGUUUGAUGAGAUGGUAGAUAGGGGGACUACACCUGAUUUGUCGACUUUCAGGAUUCUCUUAGCAGGCUAUUGUAAAGUUAGAAAAUUUGAUGAAGCCAAAAGGAUAGUUUUUGAUAUGGCAAGCCAUGGACUGAUUCAAAACUCUUCAGGUGAGGAUCCGCUAUCCAAAGCAUUUAUGGUUCUGGGUUUCAAGCCAUUAGCUGUGACAUUGAAGAGAGAUAAUGAUGUUGGGUUUGCUAAAACAGAGUUUUAUGAUGAUCUUGGGAAUGGACUUUAUUUGGAUACAGACCUGGAUAAGUAUGAGAAAAGAGUCACUGGGAUCCUAGAAGAUUGCAUGGUACCUGAUUAUUACUCUCUUAUGAUGAAAGAAUGCACUCUUGGAAAUUUGAAGGGUGCAUUGGUUUUGGUAGAUGAAAUGAUCCGGUGGGGACAAGAUUUGUCAUUGUCUAUGAUCUCCGACUUACUGAAAGGGCUUUCUGCAUCCCAUUUACAUACCAAGGGAAUCACCAGCAUUGUAGAUAAAAAGCUUCACUUGGUAAGUCAGCUAGACCAAGAAACUCUAAACUUUCUUGCCCAAGCAUACGGCAAGAAAGGAUUGACAUAUAAUACAAGGAUAGUAGUGAAUGGAAUGAUAGAAAGGCAUCUGAAAAUCAACAACGAGACUUACACUGCUUUAGUAAAAGGUUUUUGUAAGAAGGGAAACUUGAGGGAGCUGAAUGCUUGCUGGAAUAUUGCUCAAAAUGAGAGAUGGUUACCAGGGUCGGAAGAUUGUAAAGCCUUGAUGGAAUGUCUUUGCAGUAAAGAAAUGCUAAGAGAAGCAGUGCAGCUUCUUGAAAGCAUUCUGAUAUCCUAUCCAGACUUGAGGUCAGAUAUGUGUAAUAUGAUCCUAGACAAGCUUAUUCUUACAGGUUGUACAGGAAUUGCAAGCAUAUUGUUAGAAGAACUUGAACAGCGUGGUGGCAUCCUGGAUCGGAUGGCCUAUAACAAUCUUAUUAGAGGAUUGUGUAAGGACAAGAAUUUUCAGGUAGCCUUUACAGUGCUAGACAGUAUGCUGGCUAAAAAUUUGGCCCCAUGUUUGGAUGUUAUUGUCCAAUUAAUUCCUCAGUUGUGUAAGGCUGAUAGAUUUGGAAAAGCAGUUAACUUGAAAGAGAUUGGUCUAAGAGAGAAAUCUUCAUUUCUACUUUCUCUAGAUCAUGCAUUGAUAGAAGGCUGUUGUAUUUCAGGGAAAGUUACAGAAGCAACCACUCUACUACAGAAUAUGUUGUUAAAUGGGAUACCUCCUGAUGCUGAAAUUUACAACUUUAUGGUUCAGGGUCUUUGCAAGGUUAAUGACUUGAAGAAAGUAUGGGAGCUACUUUGUGUAAUGGCAAGAAAAAGUUUCAACAUUUCACUCUCAACUUACCGCAAUUUGGUGCGUUUGUUGUGUCUGGAAGGUAGGGUUCUUCAUGCAUGGAAAUUGACUGAGCUUAUGAUUGGACAAAGGGAUCCUUAUGAUCUUAGCUUCUACAAUAUUCUGCUAUUCUAUAUUUUCCCAACCGGGAAUACUUUGCUUGUCAAGAAGGUUGUGGAGCAUUUGCAAGAGAAGAAAUUGCUACUUGAUGAAGUAACUUACAGCUUUCUUGUACUUGGGUUUUGUAGAUGUAAAGAUGUGUCGAGUGCUGUGGAUCAUCUGUACACUAUGAUCUCUAAGGAUUUCAGGCCAAGCAACCGCAACUUGAGAAAAGUUAUAACCAGCCUGUGUGAUAUUGGGGAGAUUGAGAAAGCCUUGGAAUUGAGUCGAGAAAUGGAAUUGAGAGGCCGGAUUCAUGAUUCAAUGAUUCAAAAUGCGAUUGUUGAGGGUCUUUCUUCUCGUGGUAGGAUUCAAGAAGCUGAAAAUUUUCUGGACAGGAUGGUAGAGAAGUGUCUAAUUCCAGAAAAUGUCAACUAUAAUAAUCUAAUUAAACUGUUUUGCUUGUAUGGAAGACCGAACAAAGCAGUUAAUCUUCUGAACAUAAUGCUGAAGAAAGGGAAUGUUCCAGAUUCUACCACUUAUGAUUCCAUCAUCAGCUCUUUCAGUGCCCUUGGUAAUCUGGAGCAAGCUAUGGAUUUUCAUGCUGAGAUGUUGGAUAGAGAUCUUAAGCCAAGCAUCGACACUUGGGACAUUCUGGUCCAUAACUUUUGUCGAGAUGGAAAAACAGCAGAGGCAGAAAGGCUUUUGAAGUAUAUGGUUUGUGCAGGUGAAACAGUGACCAGGAAGAUAUAUCUAUGUGUAAUUAAUAGUUAUCGCUCAGAGAACAAUCUCGGAAAGGUCUCAGAGCUUAUGCAAGCAAUGCAACAGAGUGGUUAUGAGCCAGACUUCGAGACACAUUGGUCUCUCAUAAGGAACCUAAGAGUUUCUAGUGACAAGGACAAUGCAAACAGGAGCAAGGGUUUCCUGUCAAAGCUUCUCUCUGCAAGUGGAUUUUCUAGGCAAAAGUAUUCCAAGGCCAAACAGGGGUAACAAGGAUUUGAUUCAUUCAUUCUUCCUAAAGGAUUAAAUGGUGGCGUUUGCUAUCAAUAAGGAUCUGAGCAUCUUUGGCUAUUGAAGAAAUAGAGAGCGACCAUUCUGCUGUGUUAAUAUUUAGGGGAAAAUCUCCGAAUAAUACCAGAAUUAUCACUGAAUGCAAGUUUUGGUAGCUGAAGUUUAAUAAAGAAUCAAUUGGUACCUAAACUACUACUCUGUUAAGUUGCAUUCUUGAAAACUUGAGGUAGCGGUGAUCGAUCCAUAUGGAAAGCUCUAUGACGGUGGUGGGAGGUGGACCAAAAUCAACUGUUAUUAUUAUGUGGAGGGGAUCAGGGGAGCGAGAAUGAGGUCGUCGAUGAGGACAGAGAGAAAUUUUUCCUGCAUGGCAUAGAGGACGUUGUGGAUUUGAAGUGUUUACAGUGGAAGCAAGGAGCCAGUGUAAAUGAUGGUUGUAGUACGUAAUCACGUAUUAGCUAUAGGUUGUUGUAGCUUGUGUCCUUUUUGGCAGUACGUAUGUAUCGGACGAUACCUAUGUAUAUACUACGUAUGUUGUACAAUAAACUAGCCUGUAAUGGUUGUUUGUAGCA